GCGAGUGUUUGGAGCCAAAGUUGUGCGAAAGAGAACGAGGAGACGAGGGAAUCGUCGCGUCUUUCCAACUCCACAAUGAGGACACCAGGGAUCUUGAUAUUCGGACUGGUGCUUGCGCCCUGCGGAUGGAUCCUGAACCUGACGAGCACAGUUGCGCCCAACUGGCGUCAGCUCUAUAACGUCGCCAACCAGGCUGUGGACGUAGUGAUCAACCAGGGCAUCUGGGACAUCUGCCAGAGCUCCACCAUAUCCACUUCUAUUACCUGCAACCUGCGAGGCAACGAUCAAACAUAUUUUAACAACCAGAUUAUUCCCGUGGCAGAGGGAUUGAUGAUCGCGUCGUUGAUCGUUACUGCAAUCGGUCUUGCCGUGUUGACGCCGGCCACGCGCUGCUGGACUGACCGGCGUCCGCGAUGGGUCCUCGCCGGUAUUGGCGGCAUUUUGAUUUUCUGCUCAGGUGUGCUCACGAUCAUCCCUAUCUCGUGGUACACGUAUAAGCUUACCAGCCUCAACACUACUACAACAUUUUCCAACCCGCAAAACCCAGACAUCCGCGUGGGUUAUUGCAUAGUUCUGGGUUACAUCGGUGGUAUCAUGGAAGUGCUUGGCGGUAUUGUCGUAUGCGUGGGUUUCUGUCGAUGCUGCGGUGGACAAAAUCGCGAGGAGCCGCCGAAACCAGCGCGGGCGCCCCGUUACAGCUCUCGUGCGCCUAAUCCCGUUCCAUAUCCGCGCAGCAACAUACCCAGGAGCGCAACACCGAGCAGCUCGAGCGUAGCGAAUUCCCGAUAUUCUGUGGACGACGAACUCGAUUACCCCAGAGCUAAAGCGCAGAGAAAAGGCACAGUGAACCCUGCCUACAACGCAAGACCUUACGACGUGGAUUUGUGAUGCAGGACCUGAUUGACUUUAUCUUUCUCAACCAUAUGGAGCACACAAAAGCUUCUUAUGGGCUGUUUUACUACUAAUAAGCGUCGGUCAUAUAGAGAUAUAUAAAGUUUAAAGGUUCGAUUGGUUAUUUAACACGUGCAAACAUCAGGAAUGUAGGUUAUAUAAGCUAUGGAAUAUCUUUUCUCUUUCUAUCCAUUUAGAAGUUUACCCAUUACCCAAAGGUAUCCAGAUACAGAAGGAUGAUCUCAGUUGAUAUUAUAUUAAAUCAUAUGUCUAGAACUAGCUUUAAUCUCAUAUCCUGACAUGAUACCGGACUUGAACAUGAACACAAUGUGAAGUCGCCCCAGUCUCUUGGAGAAAUAACUUCUUAUGAAGGAUGAAUCUCUUCUUACUGUGAAUAAAACUUUGCUCAAAUGUUACAUUACUCUGAAUAUCACAUGUUUAUCAAUACAGUGAAGUCUGUAAUCCAGUAUAUUAACACUAUUGCUGAGGGGAAAUGUGAUUUUACUUUAUACAUCUACUUUGGUUAUGUGCCAGAUUGAGUGGGAACAUCUGACAGACUUGGGUCUGUUUUUGCUUGUUGUAGGUUUUUUUUUUCUGAGAAAAUCUUUUACCUGUCAUGUGUCAGAAGUAAACAGUUGUUUGUGUAAUUAUAUGAUGGCACUGGACACAAGUAAACACUUAGUAUUUAAAUGCUUGAAGCUUUAACUUUUGUAAAUAUUGUAGAUAAUGUGUUGAAUUUGGGACCUGAGCACUGUGGAUUAAUAAUUAAAAAAUCAGUUAUUAAUA